UUUUAUUCUUAUUUCAUCAUCUAAAGUCAUCACUUUUUCAGACUCAGACCUCGAGUAUUCAAACGAAUGAUAAUUAGCUUCCUCCAGAUCAAAUCGGUAUUUUGGCUUGCGUAACAAUGCAAGGAGGAUCAACUGGCAUCGGCUAUGGCCUCAAAUACCAGGCUAGAUGCAUCGCAGAUGUCAAAGCAGACACAGAUCACACCAGUUUCAUCGCCGGCACUCUCAGUCUCAAAGAAGAAAACGAGGUGCAUUUAAUUAGGCUUUCAUCGGGCGGAACUGAACUCGUAUGUGAGGGUCUGUUUUCGCAUCCAAACGAGAUCUGGGACCUCUCUUCUUGUCCCUUUGAUCAGCGCAUUUUCUCCACUGUAUUCUCUUCCGGUGAAUCAUAUGGAGCAGCAAUAUGGCAGAUCCCUGAGCUAUAUGGACAGUUGAAUUCUCCACAGUUGGAACGUAUUGGCUCCCUUGAUGCCCACAAUUCUAAGAUCAAAUGCACACUAUGGUGGCCAUCUGGAAGGCAUGACAAGUUGAUCAGCAUAGAUGAGCAGAAUCUCUAUUUGUGGAGCUUGGAUUCUUCAAAAAAGACAGUACAGGUACAAUCACAGGAGUCAACAGGAAUGCUUCAUUACUUAUCUGGUGGAGCAUGGGAUCCACAUGAUGUGAAUUCCGUUGCAUCAACAUGUGAAUCAUCAAUACAAUUUUGGGAUCUACGGACAAUGAAGUAA